UAUGCUGGUGGUCAGAAAAAGGAUUUGGUGUUGACUUCUCCAACUUGCAUCGGGCUAAAAAUACUGGAUUUUUUCUCAUAAAAUCUCAUUUUCAGCGCUCCAGUUUGACACAAGUAAAACAAACACAAGACUAGCUUCUUUCAGCACGUAUUUCUUAAACAAAAACGAUGAUUUUGUAAGACUCAGUUGAGGAAGAGUUGGUGGAGCAUCACGGGUGGAGUCCCGACGACCGAGGUUGUGUGGGUGGGGACGGGGAGACUCUGCUGCCGUCAAACGGGCCGUGGAGCCCGCCUGGCUGUGUGACUACUGAGCAAAGAAGAUGACGCAAUUCACACUACCUCUGUGUCUACUUCUCGUGGUCCUCCUUGGACAUGAGGGAGGAGCGACAGCAUCUCAAGAAGAGAAGGGGCGUGUCUUUCACAAUGAGUGGGCGGUGGAGAUAGAGGGCGGAGAAAGAAUCGCUAGAGACGUAGCAGAGGAAUAUGGUUUCACGUUUGUUAAAAAGAUUGGGACACUUAAGGAUAAGUACAGGUUUCGGAGAGACAGCCAUCAUAGCAGAUCCAAGAGGCAAGCCGUGGAUGAAACAGGCCUCCUGGAUGAAGAUGAGAGGGUGUUAUGGGUUGAGCAGCAAGAAACUCUGUUUCACGUGAAGCGUGAUGCGAAGGCCGUGCCCCACGAUGCGACAGGAAGUGAUUACGUGCCACCGUUUAACGAUCCUAAGUUUCCACAGCAAUGGUACCUGCACAACCAAGGCCAGAACAAAGCACAGCGUGGUGUGGACAUGAACCUAGCCCCAGCCUGGAAGCUAGGCCUUAUGGGAAAGGGCGUGGUGGUGACCAUCGUGGACGAUGGUGUGGAUGGCACUCACCCGGAUCUGAAGAACAACUUCGACCCCGAAGCAUCAUGGGAUUUCAAUGGCAACGACGGAGAUCCACAUCCUGACGAUCGACCCGAAAGAGGGAAUGAAAAUGAUCAUGGCACACGCUGUGCAGGAGAGGUGGCUGCCGAAGCCAAUAAUGGUAUAUGUGGUGUUGGAGCAGCCCCCGAGGCAAGCAUUGGAGGCAUACGAUUUCUUGACGGCGAUGUGACUGAUGCAAUUGAAGCCGACGCUCUGACGUUCCAUAAUCAACACGUUGAUAUCUACAGCUGUUGCUGGGGACCAGCUGAUACCGGCAAAAUUAUGAGGGUACCAGGGAAAUUGAUGGGUGAAGCGCUGGUUGAGGGAAUCACAAAGGGUCGUGGUGGCAAGGGCUCCAUCUACACCUGGGCCUCGGGUAACGGCGGUAAUAACGGAGACGACUGCGGAGCGGACGGUUACGUCGGUAGCAUCCACACCAUCUCGGUUGGUUCCAUUAACGACAUGGGGGAGUCGGUUUACUUCAUGGAGAAGUGCGCCUCAACGAUGGCUGUCGUUCUGUCUGGAGGAAUCAGUGACAUCAAGGCCAACCGGGAUUACAGUAAACCUCAAAAUCUGGUGAUCACUACGGACAUCCGUGAUGGUUGCAUUGAUAAUUUCAUCGGGACCUCCAGUGCGGCCCCACUAGCAGCAGGUCUCUUUGCACUGGUUCUCCAAGCUAACCCAAAUCUGACCUGGCGUGAUCUACAGCACAUCGUUGUUCACGGAUCCCACAUUCCCAAUGUGGAAGAGUCUGGCUGGCACAUUAACGGCGCUGGCUUCCACACCAAUGAGAAGUUUGGAUUCGGGAUGCUGGAUGCCGGCAAGAUGGUAGAGCUGGCUCUGACUUGGAGACUAGUCGGACCUCAGCAGACGUACUCGACCACACCGUCAAGAUAUCAUAAAUCAAUCCUUCAAGGAAUGUCCACCGUAGUCUACAUAGAUAUAAAUUGCCCCAUCACCAAACUGGAGCACACCAUCGCCAAAAUCUCAUACCAAGCCCCCCGCCGUGGUGACGUCUCCCUGACGAUCUGGUCCCCACAGGGCACCCCCUCUGAGCUCCUCUCGACCCGCAAGAACGACAACACCACUCAGUCAGUGGACGAGUUUCCUUUCAUGUCCGUACGGAACUGGGGCGAGAACCCAAACGGGGUGUGGCGCCUGGAGGUAGAGCAUCACCACACCCCACCCGGGGUCCAGACGCAGGAGGAGGACCUUCCUGAUAUUCCGAGGGGGAGUAGUAAGGUGGCUCGAUUCACCAGCUUCCAGCUGGUGUUGUACGGGACUAAUGAUGAUGCUGACCCGACAACAACUAACGAGGAAAACCCAGCCGUGAACCCUGACCUGACCGGGCAUAUUGAAGACAACGUGGUCGUUGACCUAUAUAACAAAGAGCAGCUAGAUGAUGAAGAGAUCGUUAUUGACAAGGAUAAUUUAGCCAAAGGAUUAGAAGCACCUCCAAAUACAAAACACAACUUGGACGAUGAGGAGGAUAUCGACACUGGAGAAUUUGACGGGAUCUUGAAGGAUCCCCAGGUUCGAGCUCUCCUCGAAGAAAUAUACAUCAGCAAGAGAGCCGAGAUGAGGCGAAGGUUCGAAGAGCGAAAGGAGACGAGGAGGAACGAGUUUGACGACCUGAUGACCAAUAGGGGCCAAGAGGAGAGGUCACAUGAUCAAGAGGUCAGGUCACAUGGUCAGGUGAGGUCACAUGAGCUGGAUGAGUUGAGGAAGGAUACGAUUAAGGAAUUGCAACGACUACUGAAGGAAAAAGAUAUACGAUACUAGAUUCUAAUGGAAUGGGGAACUUUGGGACACUACAGACACCAGGUCAUCUUUUUUCCCUUGGUUUUUCUUUUACUUUGUUCUGAGUAUGCCCACAAUUUUUUAGAACUAUAAUUUUCACUGCCACUUAGUCCAACCAACUGACGUAUUGACUUUGAAGAUGACCUCACCAGACGGCGAUUUCACCUAACUUAUGAUUAAUCUUAGGACUUAGGACAAGUUAAGUUCUGUAUCCAUUGACGUUUGGACACAUUGAACCAAGUUAGGGCGAGUUACUCGUCCUAACUCGAGAUUAAUCUUAGCAUUUGGUGCCUAGAGCAGCUGCAAAUGGCUGCAAUAUUUGACAAAAUUUUGCAAAAAAUUUUUCUAUCUGUUCAUUUACGAAGAAAGGACAGAUGGCAAGUCUACUGCAGUUGAGCUACAGACAUUGAGGGCGCUAUCUUGUGGAGCCAGAAGUCUUUCCUGGUGUCACAUUGGUAAAACGCCUCUGUGUAUUGAUAAGGUAUUCACGGUCUACUUAAUCAGAGUACCAGUCACACUGAGUUGUGGCUCGUUGUUUACUUACAAUAAUAAUGAUAUUGAUUAUUAGGCUUACCAUAUAGCUCAUUACACCCAAAAAUAAUCUCAAUGCACUUCACAUAACUAUUACAAAUAAUACUGGUGAUCAAUUAAAACAA